AUGAUCAACAAAAAGACAAUCAGUAAUUCCUUUAACAUAACAUCAGUGUUAUUGUUGUGCUUAUCCUUAUUGUGUUGCCUGCAGCAGAUAAAUGCCAGCACAGAGAAUAUUUCAUCACCCACCUCGGCUUAUCAAAAUGCCGGAACACGUACCAUACUACGGAUCUACGAUGAAUGUACACGAACCGAUGGUGGAUUUGUGCCAUGUCUAAAGAAAAAGGCGAUAUCCUUUAUUGAUCGUAUUUCGUAUAUUGAUUCAAUAGCUAUUGCCGAUGGUGUUAAAGUGGUAAAAUUACCCGCCAGUGCUGGAGCUGUACCAUAUAUUCGACCGUUGACUAGUGAAAAUGAAUUGGAAUCCACCCUAUCCAGAUCGGGUGAAGAUCGUGAUACCAAAUUGACAAAUAUGUUAAUCGAACGUUUGAGUAAUUUCUUCAACGGUCAUACAUUGCAAGUUAGUUUUCCCAAGUUGUCAUCUGAAGAAUUGGGCCGUGGUUUGGAAGAAG